UCAUAAAAGAAAAAAUAGACAACCAUUAAACAAAACAUUUAAAAUAAAAAAACUAAUUUUAAGUAAAAAAUAAAUAAAAUUAUGUUAAAGUCCUUAACGUUUAUAUAGUUCAAGAAAUAACAUUACAUAUUUUGUUGUCUUCUCGUUUAUUUGUAUGAUUUUUAAAUGUGCUCGUAUAAUUUUAUGAAACCUGCUUGCAUUCCUAAAUGGCUAAAAUUUUGAACGUGUAUUAAAAUAAUAAUUGACUAUCUCCAAACGAUACAAAAAUUUUCCAACAAUUUCACUUUAUAAAUCAGCAUUAAAAUGAAAGCUGCCAUUAAAAAAAAUUACAAUCAUGAUGUGGAAACUUGUAGAAAUAUCUCAAAAAUCGUAUUUUAUAUACUGUAAUUUUAAUACAAACACACAACAGGUCAUAUUUAUUUUAUAUGAUUUAAAAGAAGCCUGGAGUCAAACGUUAAAUUUGGAGGAUGUUAAACGGAAAGUUAAGCUGCUAAAUAAACGCUUUGAUUUUAAUGAGGAUAAUAUUAAAGAAGCCCUAACAAAUGAUGCUCCCCACACUGCUGUCAUUGAGUAUCAACCUGAGACAAGAGGUAUGCAUGUGGACAGUUGUUUAUUGAAGCUGAAAUAUCGUGUCAAGAAUUGUUUUUUAAAUUAUGAAUGGGACUUGGGAAAACAAACUGUUAAAGAGUUCCAGGAAACUUUUGUCCAACCUCUUUUGAUGUCAAUGUUGGGUUGUCAUCAACAAGUUGAAAUUUUAACAGAGACUCUACGCAAAAAAGAAGUGGAGUUACAGCAGUAUCGUUUGGAAAAAGGACCUUUAAAUAGAAAAACUCUGACUACCAAACCUUUUGAUUUUGAUGAUUUCAAUAAAAAAUACGAUGACUGCAAUAAAAUUGCUAUUAAUUUUAAAGAAUUGGCAAAAUAUGUAAAAGAAAACAGUUCUAAAGAUGUAGAUGAUGGAAUAAACACAAAUGUAAAUGCUAAUAAAACUGAAAAUGAAUUUAAACCAGAAGAAAAAAUUAAUGAAGGACCAAAUACAAAUGCAACAAAAAUGAGUCCGAGAGAAAGAAAACGUAAAGCUAAAGAACUAAAACUGCAACAUUUGGAAAAACAUUUAAAAAUACGCAGACAAGGUUUAGAAUACGAAAGCAGUCAAAGUCAAACUCCAAGUACGGGCAAUAGUCAAAGUCCAGAAGAAACUGAAACAAAACCUGUAAAACCACAGAGUUCAACUCCAACCAAAGAAGUGCCAGAAACUAAAAGCAAUAAAAACACUUCACCACGUAAAAGUACUAGAUGUACAAACACAAAACAGAAAUGGCAAUAUAUAUCUAGUGAAGAUAAAACAGAUUCCGAAAAUGAUGAUAAUUUGGCAAAACUUAAAGAAAGAAAACUUACAAGAGAUGUGGUUAAUCAAACAAAAACUAGCAAUACAAAUACCAGUAAAGAAGAUACUACAAAGAAAUCGGAUAAUAAAAAUGUUAAAGAAACCAAAAAAGCUACAAAUCUUUCAUACAAUAAUUGUCAAACUAAAUUGGAUGAGAAAUCCUCUGAAAGUUCAAAUAUUUUUGACUUUUCAACUGAUACGGAAGAUGAUAAGCCUUUAAAGGAUAUAAGAAAAUUAAUACAAAAUAAAAAAUCCUUAUUGCCAUUAAAAGGAAAACAUAAUAGUUUGUGUAAUGGAACAAGUGUUAUAGAAACUUCAGUGAUUGAAAUAAAUUCAACUGUUAGAAGCAAAAAUCUCAGUCAUUCAUCUUCUGUGCUUGUUAUGGAUGAACUGUCGUCACAAUUGAGUAAUAUUAAAAAAGAAUUGGAAAGUUUGGAAGCAAUGCGUUUAGCGGAUUUAAAACAACGUAUGUGUAAAGCUUAACAUAGGUUUUUUUUAUUUGGAAUAAAGAAACUUUUAAAGAGAUAAUUAUAAAUUAAAUUUGUAAACAAAAAAUAUAGAUUUAAAAUUGUUAUGCUAUGUAUACACGAUUGUUAGAUCUUACAACGUUGGC